AUGCUCGACGGAGACAUGAGGGAGAGCUUCCAGCAAGAAGUGAGGAUAAUGAAGGAGCUAGACCACCCCAACAUCUGCCGGGUCUAUGAAAGCUACGAUCAUGGUCGGCAUGUGUUCUUCGUGAUGGAGUACUGCGCUGGGGGAGACUUGUUUGAGCGCAUACUGGAGCACUCCGGCUGGCAUUGA